AUGGGCAUCCUCGAUCUUGCCGACGAACUUCUACGGAUUAUCCUCGAGCAUAUUGCUUCAGAACCAGAGAAACUUCUUAGCUUGGAGCGUCGCGCUUACCUGUCACAAGAGAGCUUCAAACCACCCCCACCAAUUGAACCGGAUCAGGCCGAAACAAUCGCGAACGUGAGACUCACGUGCAGGAAGUUUGCAGACCUCGGCGCGAUCCAUCAGUUUUCGAGGGUGACGACAAGAUUCUCGAGGAGGGGCCUGGAACGCCUAGAGAACAUUGCAAGCCAGCGGCAUUUGGCUGAGCGGGUCAAGAAGUUCAGCUAUAUGGUACCUUUCUUUUACGUAGAAGGACGAGAACGCGUGCAGGACCUCCUCACAACAUUACCAGGCGAUCUGGGACUUCUUGACGCAAGCCAUUUUGUGCAGAAAGUAAAAGAGCAGAAGGAUAUAGUGCGAACACAAGAGGAUGCUCGAGUACUCACACUUGCGAUCUCGGCGUUCACUUCACUUCAGCAUGUCCAGAUACUACGGCUACAAGACCAAGAAGACGGCAUGCUCAUGCAAUACAUCCGGACACAUCACGAAGUCAGCCAAAUGGUCGAACUGAAAUGGCCACCAGCUUGCCUGCAUUCAACGAAAACAAUAGGCGAAGCAUUGAUCGCAUCGAAAUCGCAGUGUUCUAGGUUUUCAUCACCUAUGCUCAGUCCAGUGAGCGUCUUGGGCGCUGCGAAUAAUCCGCCAACCGCAAUGGCACUCCUCGCGGAACGACUGACCUGUCUCGAACUCCACUUUGACGACGGUCUAGAUCUCGAUCAGCGGAUGAGGGACCUCUCGUCAUUGUCAAAGGCUGUAUUCACAGCUGCGAAGAACAUAGAAGCGGUUCAUAUCGGCUUUCCUUCGCACAGGCCGCUCACACUGAAGCUUGAAGAGAUCUUCCACAACGUCAAGUGGGACAAACUACAAGCCUUUGGUAUCCAGGCGUGGCGCCUGGAGGCAGAUGAGAUUAUCGCACUUGCCAGGAGACACAAAGAAACGCUGCGCGGCUUAAGAUUACGAGAUGUGUUGUUGAAAGAAGGCAGCCGAUGGAGGGAUGUUCUCUUGUUCUUGCGGGAGAACAUGUCACGACUGGACUGGGUCAGUCUCCGGCGGAUCGACUACGAAAAGCACUUUGAUGAUGCCUGGACAAUGGGUGCAGAGGUACCGGACGAUCCCCUAGGAAGCGACAGCAGCGAAGAGAGCGACGAUUGGGAUCCCCACGAUGACGAUUACGAUCCGGUCGAUGACCAGGAUGAACCAUACAUCGGGGACGACGGCUCAGUGGGCGACUCUGAUUCAGAUGCAGGUUCGGACGAGCCUGAGGAGGGUGGGAACCUGCAUUUUCCACCGCUGUCCCCGGAUACACCCGCCUCGGUACCAUGGUGUACUUGUAACGGUCAUAUGGAUAGCGUGGACUUGCUGAACGACGACGGUGGAUCAGUGACAAACGCGCAGCGGAAGUUCUGGGAGAAGUGGGUCGUCAGAAAGGUGUGCACCGAGCAACAUGGCCACAAAUGA